GCAGCCGGUACAAGCUUCUACGCGACGUGAAAUUGUUGGACGAAGACUACAAGUCGCUGAUCCGCCAGAAUGCCUGCGUGGAUGAGUUUGCUGCGGGUACUGUGGUUCUGCUGCUGCAGAUCAAGUUUCCUCAGCAUGGAGGCACAUACUUUCUGAUAGCCAACACCUCCAAGACCAGAUGGGACGUCGGCUGGUGCCAGCUCGAAGGAGGAAUAGACGGCCCUCUCGCAAGGCGGGUACCCUGCAAGCAGAGCUGGAAG